AUGAAUAGAUCUUCAAAUUUAUCUUGUUCAUAUAGGGAUUCACGAUUUACUGAUGAAGCAAAAGCUUACUAUCAAUUAGCUGUUUCAGAUGAGCCUUCAUUGGAUAAUGUCACAGUCAAAGAUUUUCGUGAAGGAGAGGAAAAAUUAUUUGCUGAGGCUAAUGAAAGACUUAUCGGAACAUUCAAAGGUACCUUAAAAGAAGAGCAAGUUAAGAUCAACGAUGCAGAAAUUCCCAUUACAAUUUAUACGCCAAUUGAUGUCAACAAAAAUAAAGUUGUUAUAUAUUUUCAUGGUGGAGGUUGGAUAUCUUCCAGUUGCAAGACACAUCAAACAAUAGUCAACACUUUAGGCGAUGCAACGAAAACUAUUUGGAUCUCGGUUGAAUAUCGUCUUGCACCAGAACAUAAAUAUCCAAUUUGGCUUGACGAUGCAUGUGAUGUUACUCGACAUAUUCUGAAGAAUAAAGUAUCGUACGGUGUUAAUCCAACAGCGAAGGUUGGCGUGGCGGGUGAUAGUGCUGGUGCUCAAAUUAGCGCAUCUAUUUGUCAUACAAUAAAAAAUAUUGAUUUUCAGAUUCUUGUCAAUGGAUUUUUCGAUCUUACAUGUGAAUCAUCGUCUCACAAAGAAUUUAACGAUCCAAUGUAUAUUCUUACAACUACAAUGCUCAAUUGGAUGAAAUUACAUGCAUUUCGUGAUGCAAACGAUUUGAAAGAUCCUAGAGCAUCGAUUUUUCUUAAUAAAUCAUUCGACACUUUGCCACCAUGUUUAUUUAUCGUUGCCGAACUCGAUCCAUUACGAGAUGAUAGUUACGCAUAUCAACAGUUACUUGACAAAGCUGGUGUUAAAACGAAAUGUUUACUUAUCAAAGGUGUCUUGCAUGACUUUUUUGUAUGUCCAGGUACCUGUCCAAAAGCAUGUGCACAAGCAAUCAAUGCCAUUCAACAAUUUCUAUCCGAACUAUGA